AUGCUGGCUUUUGUGACAAAUGGGUUCGGGUCGAAUCUCGAGAUGAACAACAGGUUGAUGAGUUUGUACGCGAAACAGGGAGAUUUGAAACACGCACGUAAACUGUUCGACAGAAUUCCUAAAAGAGAUGUGGUGUCUUGGACGAUUAUGAUCUCGGGAUUUUCUAAGUGUGGAUGUCACCGUGACGCGUUGAUGUUUUUCAAACAGAUGCACCAGGAAGCUGUUAGGGCCAAUGAUUUCACUUACGGGAGUGUUUUGAAGUCGUGCAAAGAUUCGGGAUGUCUGAAAGAAGGGAUGCAGAUACAAGGUUGUGUGGAGAAAGGGAAAUUUAAAGGUAACGGAGUUGUGAGGACUGCAUUGCUUGGUCUUUAUGCUAAGUGUGGAAAGAUGGAGGAUGCUCGUCUUCUCUUUGAUUCAAUGAAGAAGAGAGAUUUGGUUUCUUGGAAUGCAACGAUCGAUGUAUUCACUGCCGCUUCUACUUCAGAUACUUUUAGUCUGCUUCAUUUGAUGCUCGUGGAAGGGAAGAAGCCAGACUGUUUUACCUUUGGGAGCCUCUUGAGAGCUUCUACUGAAGUUAAAAUGGUUAGUGAGUUACACGGAUUUGCGAUCAAGCUGGGUUUUGGAAGAUCAGAAGCACUGAUCAGGUCUCUGAUUGAUGCAUAUGCUAAGUGUGGUAGCCUUGCCAAUGCUCGGAAACUGUUCGAGGGAGCAAUGAGAAGAGACCUUAUCUCUUCCACUGCUAUAAUUACAGGUCUUGCACAGCAGAAAAACUGCACAAGUGGUGCUUUCGAUCUCUUCAAGGAGAUGAUACUGAUGAAAACUCAGAUGGACGAGGUUGUAGUAUCCUCAAUGCUUAAGAUAUGCACCACCAUGGCUUCGAUAUCCACUGGGAGACAGAUCCAUGGCUUCGCCUUAAAAUCAUCACAAGUCAGAUUCGAUGUUGCUUUAGGGAACUCGCUGAUAGAUAUGUAUGCAAAGUCUGGGGAAAUUGAUGAUGCGGCGCUUGCUUUCGAAGAGAUGGACGAGAAAGAUGUGAGAUCAUGGACCUCUUUGAUUGCAGGCUAUGGAAGACAUGGGAAUAUCGAGAAAGCAAUCGAUCUUUACAGCAAAAUGGAGCAUGAAGGGAUCAAACCGAAUGAUGUAACAUUUCUUUCUCUCCUCUCUGCUUGUAGCCAUACAGGAGAAACCGAACUAGGCUGGAAGAUUUUCAGCAAAAUGAUCAACAAGCACGGCAUCAAAGCUAGAGAAGAGCAUUUGUCUUGCAUCAUAGAUAUGCUUGCACGCGGUGGCCACUUGGAAGAAGCUUAUGAACUGAUAAGAAGUGAGAAGGGUGUUAUGAGUCUUGGCUCAUCAACAUGGGGAGCUUUUCUUGAUGCGUGCAGGCGCCAUGGGAACGUGCAGCUCAGCGAAGUAGCAGCCACACAGCUUAUGAGUAUGGAACCGAAGAAACCAGUCAAUUAUAUCAAUUUGGCAAGUGUAUAUGCAGCUACUGGAGCUUGGGACAAUGCUUUGAAGACUAGAGAGCUUAUGAAAGAGAGUGGUUUUUGUAAUAAAGCUCCUGGAUACAGCCUUGUGUAUUGA